UCAGGGACCCAGGCCGGCGACGCGGUUAAGAUGCGCUCGGUGCUCAACACCUUUGCAUGGGAUCAGAGCCGCCAGUCGCCGCUCUAUCUUGGUUCGGUCAAGGCCAACGUGGGACAUGGGGGGUCUGCUUCUGGUGUCACGGCGCUGAUCAAAGUUCUGCUAAUGAUGCGAAAGACUCGCAUACCACCUCACUGCGGGGUCAAGGGCAAAAUCAACAGCAGCUUUCCGUCAGAUUUAGAUAAGCGGCAAGUUCGUAUUGCCCUCGAGGGAGAGGCAGAAUGGAGCCCACCGAAAGGGAACAAACGCAGAGCCCUGGUGAACAAUUUCUCGGCAGCAGGGGGAAACACCGGACUGCUGUUGGAAGAUGCUCCAAAGACCGCCAUAGACAAUAGCCCGCAGUCAGAUCAGCGCUCGCAUCAUGUUGUCGUGCUCUCUGCAAGAUCAGCACAGUCUCUGCAGCAGAAUUUACGAGCUCUUGCAGACUUUGUGAAGACAAAUCCAUCGCCUGAUCUCUUACCUCGACUCGCUUAUACCACAACUGCCCGGCGAUUGCACCACAGCCGACGAGCGGCAAUUGUAGCAUCGGACAUUCCACAGCUUGAAGGGUUGCUGUUGGAGAAGGCUAAAACUGUGAGCGAUAUUGUGCCUAAGACAACACCAGCAUUAGGAUUCCUGUUCACUGGCCAGGGCGCUCAGCAAACGGCCAUGGCGCGUGGGCUGUACGAGAGCUUCUCCUCUUUCCGCGACGAUCUCAACAAUAUGGACUACAUUGCCCAAGGACAAGGAUUUUCUUCAAUCAUACCACUCAUUGAUGGUACGGUCCAGAUCCAUGAUCUGUCCCCAACUGUAAUCCAGCUGGGCACAUGUAUCAUCCAGAUGGCACUGGCAGGCUUCUGGAAAAGCAUCGGAUUGCAGCCGAGUUAUGUGCUUGAUCAUAGCCUGGGAGACUAUGCCGCAUUGCACAUCGCCGGCGUCUUAAGUAUCGCUGAUACGAUAUACCUCGCCGGGUAUCGGGCGACACUGUUGGAGGCGCGAUGUCCUCAGGACACCCACAGUAUGAUAGCCGUCAAGAGCGCUGUCUCGGAGUUGAAGCCUAUCGUUGCAAGUGGCCUAAUGAAGGUGGCAUGUAUCAACGGAACCAACGAGACUGUGUUAAGCGGCGAGAGCGGUGCUCUUGAUGAGGCAUGUGAGCAGCUCUCCCGGCAAGAACUGAAGUUCACGCGGUUGAAUCUACCCUAUGCUUUCCAUUCUGCGCAGGUUGAGCCAAUCCUGGAUGAACUGGAACGAGCAUCGCGCUGUGUACAAUUCUGCCAGCCUGUCAUCCCGGUCGUGUCUCCUCUAUUGAAGGCAGUAGUCGCGGGUAGCGACAAUACUGUCUCUAUUGGACCCGAAUACAUCCGACGUCAUUGCCGAGAGGCAGUUGACUUUUGGGGGGCCGUCAAUGCCGCUCAGGGCCACGGCCUGAUGAUCGAUGGGACAGUGACGAUUGAGAUUGGCGCGCACCCAAUACUGAGUGCCCUCGUCAAGUCUGUCUUGGGUCAAGGCAUUGCACCCUAUGCCUCGCUCCGCCGUAACGAGGAUGUAUUCAAGACGCUUUCCGAGACGCUUGCUGCAUUGCACCUAUCAGGUUUGCCGAUAGACUGGAACGAGUACCACCGCGACUUUACCGCUAGCCACAAAGUGUUGGAGCUCCCCAGAUACAAUUGGGACCUUGCAAAUUACUGGAUUCAAGAUGAGGGCGACUGGUGCCUCCACAGGGGGGCGCAAGGUAUCCCCCAGGCCGAACAGAGAAACACUAGGCUCAGUCCUGCUGUGCAAAAGAUAAUUACUGAGAAGGUAGAUACAGAGCACGCACUCAUUGUCAGUGAAGCAAGCUUGCAAGAUGAGGAGCUGCUUCCUGUCUGUCGUGAUCAUCGGGUUAGUGGGCUGAUUUUGUGUCCAUCUUCACUGUACGCAGAUAUCGCGUAUACACUCGCGUCUCAUCUGCUCGUCGCGCAUAAGCCGGAAUGGGUAUCAGAAAGUCUCAGCCUCGAUAUUUGCGACAUGGCGGUCGAGAAGGCAUUGGUGGUGCAGCCAGAGGAAUCACACGUCUUUCGCGCGGAAAUGGACCUACAAUGGGGCACUCGUCACGGCACGAUGCAGGUCUACAGCGUAGAUGCCAGCGGUCAGCGUCGAGAACUUCAUGCCGAAUGCAACGUUGUCCUCGAGCGCAGCGAAGCUUGGCGAGGGGAGUGGCAGCGCCAACUGUAUCUAAUCCACCGCAGGAUGGAGCAGCUUCGCAAAGGCUUGGAUCUGGGAGUCACACACAAGCUUCGUCGCAGCCUUGCAUACAAGCUUUUCUCUUCCGUUGUCGAGUACGGCCCGCGAUACCAAGGGCUGGACGAGGUCGUGUUUGAUAGUGAAGGGCUGGAGGCAACCGCCACCGUUCGACUGCAGUCCGUUGCAGAGAAGUACGCUCUCAACCCCUUUUGGUGCGACAGCAUUGGCCAUCUCACUGGGUUUGUAAUGAACUCCAGUGCUAGCCCGGAUCUUGCAGAGCAUGUCUUUGUGAACCAUGGCUGGCGGUCGAUGCGCACGACAGAGAAGCUGUCGCCUGACGAGGUCUAUCAGACCUACGUCAAGAUGCAGCCAGUGGGGGAUACGGGGUCAUUGUUUGCUGGGGACGUCUAUCUUCUGCGCAACAACGCUAUUGUCGCCGUCUUUGGAUCCAUUACCUUCCAGAAGGUCCCCAGGCGGGUUCUCGAGAUGCUCCUCCCACGGCCCAAGAAUGGUGCUAUGCCAAAGCGCGUCAUUCAAGCAGCUUCAGUGCCGGCUAGGAACGUCAGAAAAGUGGAUGACGAAUCCUCCAAGCUUGCACAGGUAGUGAAGGUAAUCGCUAGCGAGAUCGGCAUUACUCCUGACAAGCUCCCGGAGGAUACUCCCUUCGCAGACUUUGGGGUCGACUCUCUCAUGUCGCUGACCAUUAUCGGAUCCAUCCGAGAAACGACCGGUCUGGACGCGCCUCCAUUCCUGCUGGAGACUUAG